AUGCUGGCUACCAGGAUAUCCCGGCCUCUGUCACUUUUCUCUGUGAAAACGCUGAAUUUCAGGGACAUUGGAAAUGGUCUCAGGCCUGUGCAAGGAUUUUGCUUUCCUUUCUUGACUCCAAGUGGCAGACGUUCUUAUGCAAGUGAAAUAGAUCAGAUUGGCAGCAAAGCUGUGCUCAUUACUGGCUGUGACUCAGGAUUUGGGUUCUCUUUAGCCAAACACCUGCACUCCAAAGGCUUCAUUGUCUAUGCUGGCUGCCUGUUUAAGGACCAAGGAGCAGCAGGUUCUCAAGAGCUGGACAAUAUGAAGAGUGAGCGAAUGAGAACUAUCCAGCUCAAUGUCUGCAACAGCCAGGAGAUUGAGCGCGCGGUGGAGCAUAUGGGCGCCAGUUUGAAGGACCCCCAGAAAGGGCUUUGGGGGCUGGUUAACAAUGCUGGGAUCUCCACAUUCGGAGAAGUAGAGUUCACCAGCAUGGAGACCUACAAGGAGGUAGCUGAAGUGAAUCUGUGGGGGACGAUCCGAACUACCAAGGCUUUCCUCCCUCUAAUCCGGAGGGCCAAAGGUCGUGUGGUGAACAUCAGCAGCAUGAUGGGUCGGAUGGGCAGCCCUGCUCGAUCGUCGUACUGCAUCACUAAGUUUGGGGUGGAAGCCUUCUCCGAUUGCCUGCGGUAUGAGAUGCAGCCCCAAGGAGUGAAGAUCUGUGUGGUGGAACCUGGGAACUUCAUAGGGGCCACCAACCUGUACACCCCUGAGCGAAUUAAAGCCAUAGCAGAGAAGAUGUGGAAGGAGCUUCCGGAGACUGUGCGCAAAGACUACGGCAGGAAGUACUUGGAUGAGCAAAUCACCAAGAUGGAGAGUUACUGCAACAGUGGCUCACCAGACACCUCGCCAGUCAUCAACAGCAUCACCCAUGCACUGACGUCGUCCUCCCCCUACACCCGCUACCACCCCAUGGAUUACUACUGGUGGCUGCGCGUGCAGAUCAUGACGCACUUGCCUGCUGCUGUUGCGGAUCGGAUCUACAUUUACUGA